CUGCUGGACAGCCCCUCGCUGCGCCUCGAUGCCCCCAUCUUCGUCACCUUCUUCCAGUGUGCCCUAACAGCCGCCCUCUGCCUGGGCCUCAGCCUAGGGGCGGCCUGUGGGCCCCCCUGCGCUGGCCUGCCCACCCUCCGCCUCGACCCCAAGGUGUCCCGCAGCGUCCUGCCCCUCUCGAUUGUCUUCAUCGGCAUGGUCACCUCCAACAACCUCUGCCUCAAGCACGUUGGCGUGGCCUUCUACAACGCGGGGCGCUCCCUCACCACCGUCUUCAAUGUGCUGCUCUCCUACCUGCUUCUCAAGCAGACCACUUCCCUCUACGCCCUCCUCGCCUGCGGAGUCAUCAUAGGUGGCUUCUGGCUGGGUGUUGACCAGGAAGGAGCAGAGGGCACUCUGUCAUGGACAGGUAUAUUCUUUGGGAUCUUAGCAAGCCUCUGUGUCUCACUCAAUGCCAUCUACACCAAGAAGGUGCUGCCUGUGGUGGAUGGUAGCAUCUGGCGCCUGACCUUCUACAACAACGUCAAUGCUUGUGUCUUGUUCUUCCCCCUCAUGCUGCUGCUGGGCGAGUUCCGCACCCUCUACCACUUCGACAAGCUGGGGAGCCCCAGUUUUUGGGGCAUGAUGAUCUUGGGAGGAGUGUUUGGCUUUGCCAUUGGCUAUGUGACCGGACUUCAGAUUAAGUUCACCAGCCCGCUCACCCACAACGUGUCUGGGACAGCCAAGGCCUGUGCCCAAACAGUGCUGGCCGUGAUCUACUUUGAAGAGACAAAGAGCUUGUUGUGGUGGACGAGUAACUUGAUGGUUCUGGGAGGCUCCUUUGCUUACACGUGGGUGAAAGGGCUGGAGAUGAGAAAAGUGCAAGAGGAUCCUAACGUCAAAAGCGGCGAAAGAAAUGAGACUGGUGUGUAGGCAGCCCCUGCACCUCCAUUUCUGUGCCUGGGCAUUUAACCUUUGGUGCUCCUUCCAUCCAGGGGAGAAGAGCAGCAAGGAGCAGGAAGAAAUUCACCUGCAAAGUGUAUGAGGAACUGUGUCAGGAACCAGAGCCAAAGACCUGACUGGAUCAUGUUUUAUCCGUGGGAUCUCACCCUGUAUCGGAGUUGGGGAGGGCAUGUGUUGUAGAGAGCAGUAAGGGUUUUUGUGAUU